UUAUCACUCUUGUACCUUGUGCAGGAGACCGGGGUUCAAUUCCCCUUGGCGGAGUUUUAAUAUGGGCAAUUGAAUAUUAACAUAGCUUCAGGUUAACCCAAGCCAUGUGAGGGAAAUUGAGAAGUUGGCACACUGUGCAGGCCAUUGGAUGUUGCAGGGAGUUGUCUGGCAGAGCGCUGACCCUAAUUGGGUUUGCUUAGCUCAAAGAGACCAUUAAAUACUCCAGGGCUCCCCAUCAAAGUCAUGGCCCCUCCUGGAAAUAAUAGACAGGGUAUAUCCCUCGAUAUUUGUGAGGCUAGCCAUGUAAAAUAUGCACAUCUAUCUAUUGCUAUAGCUAAAACACAAGAAUGAAUCCUGUUUCACUUGCAUUGAAGCAAGAACUGGAUAGAUUUAUGCAGUCAAUAAAAGGAAAUGCUGCAGACAAAGAGAAUUUUAAAAGUAUCAACACAUUGUUUAACAUAUGGAAUACAUAUAAAGAGAGAAUCAGUAAUGAUGUUUACGUAGAAAAGUUAUUGGGUUUAGGAGAUUUUCUUUUUACAAACCAGUGCUAUAAAAUAGCUUCAUUGCAUUGUUAUGGGCGUUAUCUUGAAAUCAAGUAUCCACAUUUCCAAGACAUGGCUCAAACCUUGACAGAAAAUACAUUUUUGUCAACUUUGUUUGGGAAUUUGAAUGAUACAGAUGAAGUGUCUAAGAUGAUCCGUGGGCUGCUUGGAUAUGCAUCAACAUUUGCUCUUCACACUAUUUUGCAAGAUAUUUCUUUCCAGAAUAAAGCAACUGUUGACAAAACUUUGUUGAUGAUGAAAUUACUACAGAUGACAAUGCAAGUAGCUUUAAAGAAAGAUGCUUACUGCUGGCUUGUGUAUAAUGGUUCAAUUCACAUUUACACUCUUUGCCGUAAACUGAUAAGUGUUGGGUUGUCUAGUCGCGUCCUGGAAUAUCUUAUAUGGGCUUGCAUAUGCAUGGAAUCAUCAGUUCCUUUAAUGACAGUAAAAUAUCUUAGUUGGAGAAGCGAGCUCUAUGCAGCUGUAUGCCAAUGUUACUAUGAUUUGAAAGCUGAUGUUGUUGCUGAAGAGUUUGCAAAAAGGGGAUUGCAAAAGAUUAACGAGCUACAAGAAAUUCAAAAGAUGAGCACAUCACUCGAAACACCUGAAGUUAUAUUUGCAUUUACACAAGCAUCCCUCAAAAUGAAUGCGAUGGUAUUUAAAAGAAGUGUAUUUGAAAGCAGACGUCGACCUAAAGGUAUAUUAAGACCAAAGAUAAAACCACACUUAAAAGAUAUUGCACAGAAUGCUUGGCCUAGGACAGGCACAGAAAGGCUAUUGGCAGAAAUUUUUAAGGGUCGUGCUGCACAGUUUUUAGCUAUUUUAGAAGCACUGACAAAUUCAAAUCGGCGACUGUUGCAAACAAGCUUAGGUGCACCAGAUUUAGAUGAAUGUGUACAAGAUGUCUAUGUGGAAUUGUUUUUUGCUGGAGUUGAAGUUGCGUCUGGUGGUGGUGGCAUCCAACCCCAGCUGCCUGGAAGACGAGGACCUGGCAUUAAGAAUAUUAUCACCAAUCUUACUCUUCUAGAUUUGGCAUCAGCUGGAUCUCAAAGUAUUUCAUUAAAGUCUAUAGUUCGCUUUGUGAAGUUAGCUUAUAAUUACGAAAAUUGGGAAGCUUUUGAUACAUUAGUUGGUGCAACAAUAAAAGAGUUAGAAAAAUAUCCAAAUGAUGCUAACUUCAUCAGGGAAAUAAAAGUGCUUAAGAUAUUGUUAGCUAUGGCAAGUUUUAACACUUCACAUGUAAAGAAGAAGGUUGUUGUGUUAAAGUCUGAGGAGAAUAAUGGAUCUCAGUUUCCUAAAAAUAAUAAAGCUGCUCAUGUUGAUGACUUACUUGUUGUUGCUAAUUUGGUAAACAAAGAUUUAGCUGAUAAAGAUGCAGCAAACUUGAUCAUCUCUUACCAUGAUAUGCUUAUUGAUGUUGCUCUGUUUCUAUGGGGUAAAUGUAAAACUCAUUUUGCACGCAUCAACUCACCUAUAUUUGAAAAUCACAAAUCCAUCUAUCAAGAUUUGCUCUUCUUCAAGUGGCUUCAAAUAUUGAUCAUUACACAAAAAGCAAUGAUUCAGUUGAAUUUACAAAGCAUUGAUGCAUGUGCUGCCAUUGAAGCCAGUUUAAAGUUAGCCAUGGUUUUAGAAUGUCUUGCUACAGCACACAUUAAUGCAGAUAGUACCUUAUAUACAGAUUUAAAUUCUCAGAAUGUGUUUAGUGCAAAAUCAGAGAAGUCUAUUGACACCAAUGCAAAAAAGAAUCUUCUCAUUGAACAUCUCUUGAACAUAGCAACAUAUUUAGAUGUUUCACAAAAUGGAAUUGAUGUGCUGGAUUUUAUAAACAGAAUGUUGACUUUAUGUUUAAAUGCUGUAAAUACAGCUCGAGAUAACAGUUUAUUAACUUCGGGACGUGUUUCUGAUGACAGCUUGCAAGAGGCAUGCAGUGAUAAUGUCAACAACAUGUUUGACAUGAAUCUGAACUCAUUUCAUUUGGAAUUAACGUACCAUCAUCAUCGUAUUCAAAUGCUGCAACAAGUACUUCAGAAACCAUUGGAUAUUCCAAAAGCAAAAAUUAAACAGACUCAACAAAAAAACAAGAAGCCAUCAAUUACUGACAGUGUUGAUGUUUUGUCAAAAGCAGGAAAAAAUGAUUUAUCCAAAGCAUUGUAUCUUAUGAGUUUGGUGCAAACAAAGAGUAUAAGUAAUCCUAAAGAAGUUUCUGCUUUAUUAGAGGAGACAUAUGAACAUCUUCAAAAAGCAGCUAUCGUGGAAGACCGAAUAAGAUCAGAUAAUAUCGCCAAAGGUGUAGUGUCACAAUAUGUACCACCACCUCCCAUCUUGUUAUACAGAGGUUGUACCAGCAUGAUUUUAAAGCCUGCAGAAUAUACACCAAAAGGUGGAGAGCAAAUUGCUUGGUAUUGUUUGUAUUUACGCAAUGCGGCAGGAAAUAAUGUGAAAGUGAGGCUUAGUGACACACAGUAUGCUGGCACGGGAGAGCAGGUACCGUAUAGCAGUAAUUGUCUGUUUACUGUAAAAGGUCUGGAACCAAAUCAAAGGUAUGUUGCUGCUAUCGGUGCUUAUGAUAAAAAGGGAAAACUGAUUGGUGGAUCAAUAGGUCAAACUGGACGACCGUUUCUGGCUGCACACCCAUUACCAUUGAUACUUGCAUAUGCUUAUUUAGCUAAGGUUGCUUUUCAAGAUGAUGGAUGGAAGGUGGCAAAACUAUCAUGUUCUGGCCUCUGGAAUUAUUUUGUCGAAGUGAAACCCAGUGAGCAUUCAAACAUUAAAACUGUAAACAAUGAUUUUAAGCUGCAACCUAAAAGAAUUAAAAUGAACAAUUUGAAUAACAGUUCUCAGAUUGUGCAACGUUAUUUUGUCCAAAGUGUUUUCAUAAUGGUUGAUAUAGCCAUCAAAGAAGGUUGUUUGUUUUGUGACACUUUAUGUGACCAAGGUCCAGUUAAAAAAGGACAGAUUUCUCGGCUAGCUCAAUGUGAGAAACUAUUGGUUGCCAUUGAGCUUUCUGGUUGGUUGAAUGAUAACAUGCUGUGUCUACAAGCUGUUGUGAAAAUGUAUGGUCUUCUUACGCCCAUCAUAUACUGGAAACUACCAAUCAUUCCAGUAAUCAAGAUUCUAUGCGACAUGCUGGGUGUUCUAAAAGAAAUUCACACAAUAUUUAAAAACAAACGACAAACAGCUGCCAGUGAAUCACUUCAGCAUAUGGUGGCUUGUAUUUCACACUACGUAGCUCAGCAUACAGCGAAACACAAGGACAAAAGCGCAACUCUCCAUGUAUUGGAGAUGGGUAAUAAAAUAUUAAAUCAACUGGUACCACCUGACAGCAUCAACGCAGGAUUUGGAGAUGGGAGCUCUGGUGCAGGAACAAAAUAUCAACAGAAGAAACAGUAUAAACGAAACAAACCGAAGGGCAUACUUAAAACUCUCAGCGAUUUCUCUUCUGCCGGUACUUCAUUAAGUAUUCGAGCGCUUGAGAUUUACAAUACCAAGUUGCAGAAAGAAGGUUCUCCAGAUUGCGAUUUAGAAUUGACUGGAACAGAGGAUCCUGUCAUAUUGAAUGCUGUCAUCUCUGCUCUACCUCCGUCUCAAGCAUACAAAGAAGUUCUGAAGUUUAAACGACGAGCUCAGUUCUUGCAGAACUUUGUGACUGUAAUAGCUAAAGCUUCUUACAACCAAUCACACGACGAUGUUUUAGAAUGGACAAAAGACACAAUGGCAUGGUUGACUAAACGGAAUGAGAUUAUUUUAAACAAGCCGUCUAGCGAUCCACGUGGCAUCGUUGUAGUUGCAGCCAAUUCAGAAGACGAUAGAUUAAAGAAAUAUUCAGCUGGUGUUGUGGAAUAUGGAAAGAGCAUUGACAAAAACCUUAAGAAAAUCGAUCACAAUGUGGGAACAGAGAUAUUUAAUGAGAACGAAGAACUUCAGCAAAAAAUCGAAGAAAAAUUAACGGAAAUACCACCCGGAAAGGUUUUAAAAAGUAACAAAUCAACCUGUACCACGAAAGUUAUUGCUGUUAUGACUUCGGAAGAGAAGAGGAGAAAGGAUGCUGCCGCGAAAAUACAGAAUCUUUUACCAGAAGUGUGGAAAUCAAUGCAACGGAGAAAGAAGUUGCGAGAUGUUUCGCUUGAUGAGCUGCCCUGGAGAUGUCAGAUGAAUCUUAUUACAGCGGACAGCUACUUCAAUUCAACUACACAUACGCUGAAAUUAUUGGAGGAAAAACUUGGUUAUCCGGAUCUACGAUUCGAUGAGAGUAUCAUGGACGUCAGCUGGUUUAGUUUGUCGACGUCUGGAAGUAUCAUUGUAUCGUGGGCUGGAUGUUUGAAGACAACAGAAAGCAUUUAUCAAAAAGCAGUUGAUAUUGGUGGCAAAACAAUGGAGCAUGCGCCUGAAAUACACAUCGUUCCCAGUCCCAGUCGACAGUCACUGAGCAUUAAAGUUGAGAAAAUACAGAGCGUUGCUUCGAGAAAAGAAGCAAUAGAAGUUCCCACACAGGAUCCACUUAAGAUGUUUAAAAGUAAUCUUCGCCGCAUGUAUUUGCACUUCAGAAGGUCAUUGGUUUUAUCACAUCGCGGUGAAAACUGGGUCCUUCUUCAGCAAUCAUGUGCCAACCUAUUGGCUGUUACCCAUUCCCUUAUGAUGAAAAUCAUGUUGCUGAAUUCAAGCAUUGAUACUACAACACAUGAAAUCCCAUAUCACAUCAGUGAACUUCGUGCAGUGAUUUGCAAGCCUUUUUCUAUGGCAGCUGAUUUUCUGCUUGAUCUUAUGUUGGAAAUGGAAUCUAUUAGAGCAGAGGACAAAGAAACAUCUAUAUAUGGUGAUAUUCACCAAAACAAAGGAGGCAGUAGUCUAAAAUUUAAUCCAUAUUUCGAUGACAGUUCGUGCAUCGAUUACUGCAACAUAAAACGUGUCAUAACGUUUGCGAUUGAAGUUCUUUUCUACGAUGAAAAAUGGGAGCAACUUUGCAGUAUUAUUAUGAGGUUUAACGCCCUGUCGAAAGAUCAUUUCUCGGAGUCAUUGCAUCCGUUAUUAAUCGUGUCACAACGAUAUUUAGCAGGACGAACAAAAGCAAACAAUACUUUUCCAAAACUUGCCCCACGCGUUAUCUUUGACCAGGAUACUGGCGUGCCAACCGAAAUCCAGUACGAAGCCGCUGUGACCACACCCAUUGAGGUGGGUGCACACAUUGAUCCUGAGGGGCACAAUCUUUAUAAGGUUCCCGAAGAUGGAUUGAAACAUUCUAGUGUUCCAACUGACACACUAGCUUCAUUCAAAAGACUGCACGAGAAUAUGGCUGUAAAACAUUAUAGCUCUCGGAUGUUGGAGCAAAGCCGAAAGUUGUUGUUGUUGUAUUUAGCAGGGCAACAAGCAGGAGUCAACAAUGAAGGGAAAUUGGUAAAAGAGACGUCACGUGUUAGUUUUGUAACUAGUCAAGUAAAACCGCUAUCAGCUGAUCCUGACGAUAUCGCAACACAAGAAUAUGAAGUUUUAGAAGACGUCGAAAAUUACCCUUUGGUAGAUAAUCAGCUAGCUAUAGUUAUCAGUUCGUAUGAUAAAACCAUUGACAUUUUGUUGAGUCGGCGACAGAAAGAAUUGGCUGGCCAAGCCAUGCAUGAGUUGGGAAAUAUAAUGUUCCAUAUGAAAAACUACAGAUCUGCAUAUAAAUGGUGGUCGUCUGCUCUGGAUUGCAUUCUGAAUGAAAAGGAUGCACAAACAACUUGGAAGAAGUAUCUAGGUUCCAACGAUAAUACCGUGGAAGCAAAUAAAGAUCUGUUGGAAAGGUGUGGUGUGUGGGGGUGCCUGUUGGGUGGCGUGGUAGCUACAAAAAUAGCCAGAUAUAUUUAUUUUGCAAACAUGGACAUGUGCAGCCAAGCAUGUGAAAUGGCAUCAGCUCUUUUUAAGGCCAUCUUUUGUUCGUCGUUGACCUAUCCAUCAUCGAAUCAUGCGUAUUCUUUAUUCGACAUCUCCGACCAUCAAUCGUUUGAUCAAAUCAUACCUGGACUUAAUUUCUUCUCUGAUCCUUAUCGGAUUCAUUGUGCAGAUUUAACAGCCAGCGUGUCAUGGUUGUCAAAGUUUUUGGUGAAACAAGGCUUCUACAUCCCAGUGCAGCCAUUAUUGACGUUAGGCCAAUAUUUAGCAAAUUUCAUCUGCAAGAACGUGGCAAGCGCAGUUGGUGUGAAAUUGAUGAGGAUUGAAUCCUUAUGCAAGCUUCAUAUGUUUUCAGGAGCUGUGCAGAACUUUGUUCACAUACUAAGCGGUACACAUCUACCUGCUCCUGAUAUGAGGACGCAGGUACAGCGAAAAUGGGCUAAAUUAAAAGAUUCGAGACCGCUCACGGACCCAAAGAAUGUAAAAGUUCUAACACAGUUGAUUGAUUUUACUUUAAAUGAGCACCAUCUCGCAACAUAUGGUAAAGCACUUUGCAAUCACAUCUCUGUAUGUCAUGCAUUACUUAUGAUAUCUAUUGCUGAAAUCAUCUACGAGCGUCCAAGCACAGAACCUGUUGUUGUUGUGGAAAAGGAAGCAGAGAAGGUAGAAGUAUUCAAUAUAAAGCUUACCAAAUCUCAAAGCAAAAUAAACUCACAGAAAUCAAGAGACAAAAUGGCAGAUGUAACAGUGACAUUGAAUUCAACAGAAACAUUCGUGUCUUUAAAAGAGUUGAAAGCUAGAUUACUUGAUUCUGCGGAGACACGACUAGAGGAGAUGUUGGCACAGUUGGAAGCAACGCAACAAGAUUUUGAAGAAGAGAGUUCAUCGUUGUUUGUCAAGUGUCGUGUGUUAUUAUCAAGAAUUUGUAAAGAGAAGCUGCUUGUGCUUUCAGCAGCGAAACAUGCGUACAUAUGUCUUCAAGCUAUCAGUAAUUCAUCCACAGACACACAAAAUUUAAGGACAAAUCUUUCGCCUUCAGUCUCUUUAUUUCCGACUAAAGAAAAGCCCGACAACCCGAACACGGAUAUUGAUAUCAAGAUGUGGUUGUAUUGUCGAGAACUUGUUUGUUCGUAUCUACUGGAUGCGGAUGAUGUAGUUGGACAGCUCGCUGGAUCCAAUUUAUCUGUGGUUCACCUCACUGGCACGGCGAAAGAAAACAUAGAGUAUGGCGUAACCGAGUCUGAAAUGUUCAAUGAUUCUAGCAUGAAAAUCUUGUUUGAAAUGAAUCAGGUUAAACACGGCUUAAAGAAUGGAGAAGAUACCGAUAAAAUUUUGACGUUGUUGGAGGCGCUUGCUAAAAAAAUCGAUCGACUUACACCGCUAUCAUAUCCACUGAAACAAGUGCAAAUUGAAGGCAAGAUAUUGUUAGCAGACUUAAAAGCCUUGAAAUUUGCUGAUGUCAACACAGCGAUAAAAGAGUAUGCUGAAAUUGAACAAAAUGUACUAGAUAACAUGCUCAUUCGUGGUUAUGAUGUAAAUACGUGCACAAACCUUCCCGUGCAACCGUACUCCAACAUACACUGUGAGCUCUUUGAUGUUCUCCUAGCUGUGAAAGUACGCCACAGUAGAUCCAAAGCUUUGUUUGUUUCGUCAAAUGCUAAUCUCGGCGAGGGCGUCAAAGAUUGGCAGAUGUUAGUGCAGUAUAUCAAUGACGCUUUGAACACUUACCAAGUCAUCACAUCGAAAGACAUUUUAGUACAGUUGGAAUUCCUUGUCUUAAAAGGUAAAAUUCAGAGAAUUCUAUUUAACAGUGAAUAUUGUACUUUAUCUGAUUGCAUUGAAACAUUCCUCGACGUUGUGUACAUUUCAAAUAGCCAUACCCGAGAUUUAAGUUUACUCCGCCAGUGCUACAUCGAAAUGGGUCUGACAUUUAUUAGCAUGCUUCAGAGAAAAGGCUUAACGCUUUCUGAUCAAGUAAAGGAGACAGAACCUAGUACAAAGGGAAAGAAGAAGAGCACCUCGAGCAAUUCGAAGCUUUCAAAACCUACUGCGAGUAAAACUAAAAUCGACAAAAAUGCACAACGACUGGCUAAAGGAGCUUGGAUAUGUAUACGUACUGCAGGUGUUAUUGCGAAAGCUCAGCAAAAAUCUGAGCUUCUCGCUGGCGAAGCUGUUAUUACAUCUCAGGUUAUAACAAACAUGGCUGCGGAGAAUAUCCCUGCUUUCGCGUUAGAAGAUGUCAUGGGUUGUGCAUAUAACCCAAGUUGGAACAUAAGUGAGCAAGGCAAAGUCGAUGUGGAAAGCCAGUCUAUGAAAUCUGUUGAGGUCACGUGGGUUCAUCUUCUUAAUUAUGCCACAAAUUUACGACGCAACUGUAAUUAUUCCAGUCUGGCUAUAAGUAACAGAGAUGUGGAAGUUGUACGAAUACCGAACCAUUGUACCACGCGUGCAAUCAAGCUGGCCUCCGUCUGUCAGUAUUUGAUGACUUACUUAAGCGUGUACGACAAGGAGUGCUGUCCCAUAUUACCAAUAGAGAUUUUCUCGAUAAUUCUUGCUUCACUAAAAAGCUCUGACAGGGAGAUUUGCACUCCUACACCUCUUGAUUUUGACGAAACUAGCAAAUUGGACAUCAACAUAUCCUCGAUCAAACAGUUUGACAGUGAUGAUAUUGUUGAUGAGGUAUUUUACAAAGAGGGUGCUACCAGCACAGACAAACGCCCAGUAUCAGGUACGGAAAAACAAGGCGACAAAUCCGAUCGAAUACAUCUUCGCAAUCCGAUACAUGCUGGGGAAUACGAGAUAGCACUUCAGUGGUACAAACCAGAAUUAGUAGAGUCUAAGCAAGCUCAAAAUAUAUAUGUAGUGGCGGCAUUUAACAGUAAACCUAUAUCUGGAAAUUCAACUUCGUCUUCGUUUUCACAAUCAGCAGUACUUUGCCAGAGCAUUAUUGACGAAAUAAAGUGCGUCGCCAUCCAUGACAGUUUGAUGGAUAUUCUACAAGUCGCCGAAGCUGAUAUGGCAAUGCAAGGUCAGCUAUCUCGAUCUGCUGUUGUGUUUGCGACUGUGACGGCUGCACAAACUGUUUCUUCAAAGAGCCUUGCGUCUGGCAAAAAGAAUCGCGUUCCCUCAUCAGUGAGGAGCAGUAGAUCAGAAAAAGACGACCCCUUAAAACUGAAGCUGAUUCGAGUUCUUUCCCAUUUGAAGCAGGUGUUUGGACAUACGGACGACACCAGAGAGGAACCUUCUUUUGAAUCGACGUGGGAGAACAUUGUAUGUUUGGAAAACAUGUUUAAUCCCAAUAUGGGGCAUAUCUCAAGAGUUAGUGAAGGACUGUUUUCUUGGUUUCUUCAUUUGUUUAAAAAAUCCGCCGUCUGACUUCUUCAACGUUUGUAGUUGUUUUGGAUGAUAUGUAUAUAGUUUUUACGGAAGUAUAAUUUAUAGCUUUA